GGUAGGGCACUUGCAGAGGACCAUCAAAAAACGCCCAUACGGCAAAGCACUGAUCUGAAGGAGAAAGCACAAGACUCGUCGCCAUGAAGCUCGUCAGAUUUUUGAUGAAACUCAACAAUGAGACCGUCACAAUUGAACUCAAGAAUGGGACAGUCGUGCAUGGGACAGUCACAGGCGUCGACAUUCAAAUGAACACACAUCUGAAAACGGUCAAGAUGACAGUCAAAGGCCGCGAACCGCUAUCGCUCGACACCCUUUCCAUCCGCGGCAACAACACACGCUAUUGGAUCUUGCCAGACUCAUUGCCAUUGGACAUGCUGCUCGUCGACGAUGCGCCAAAGCCCAAGGGGAAGAGGAAGGACCCUGCGUCAAGAGGGCGGGCGGAUAGGAGCCGGGGACGAGUGCGUGGACGCAGCCGGGGCCGGGGCAGGUGAAGCACUAGGGGGCGAGAUCCUUACAGCGCGGCACCGGCGCCAGACACCAAGAUGCGCCAAAGCCUACUGAGUAUUGUGUAAGAUUAGGGAGUGAAACAUGCGCUCUGUGCGUGUAGUGCGGGUAUCAGCGCGGAUAUGAAC